GUGGGGUGCCAGGUGGGAAAGACAUCAUAGGAUCUCGCCCAGGAGACCUGAUAACCGUGCCAUCUAGCAGCCUCAUCAGUGAUUUGUUUUUGCUUUCUUUGACCGUUGGAAAAGUCAUCACGGAACUGUACGUUUGCAUGACUACAUUGGCACAUUUUGGUCUCAGCAGUGGUUUGAACAGUUAUGGUAAUAGAAAUGCCUUUUAAUUUAAAACUAGCUUUAAAUAGUUGUACCUUUCUGAGCUCUCAUCCAUGAAUGGACCUUGGGGGCCCAGUGGCUCCAGGAUGGAGGGACUCUGGUCUCCUCCGUGUUAGUUUGGAUUUACCCUCCUUUGCAGUCUGCAUGUCAGGUUGCUGGCUAACACCCAGCGUGUUUCACAGCUCUCUGCCUGGGCAGCAAUCUCCUCCGGUGAUGGCUUGCCUGCCUUGGACCGUGCCUUCACCCUGUCUCCAUCACAGCUCUGUAGGAGGCCGGCCCAGGAGGCAGGCGGCAUGGCUAGCUCGGCCCGGGAACAUCUGCUGUUUGUUCGGCGUCGGAACCCCCAGAUGCGGUACACACUGAGCCCCGAGAACCUGCAGAGUCUGGCUGCUCAGGGCUCCCUGCCCGAGAACAUGACCCUGCCGCGCGCCAACAGCGACACGGACCUGGUGACUUCCGAGAGCCGCUCCAGCCUCACGGCCAGCAUGUACGAGUACACGCUGGGCCAAGCCCAGAACCUCAUCAUCUUCUGGGACAUCAAGGAGGAGGUGGACCCCAGCGACUGGAUCGGCCUCUAUCACAUCGAUGAGAAUUCUCCAGCCAACUUCUGGGAUUCUAAAAACAGGGGUGUGACUGGAACCCAAAAAGGACAGAUCGUGUGGAGAAUCGAGCCUGGGCCCUACUUCAUGGAACCGGAGAUAAAAAUCUGCUUUAAAUACUACCACGGCAUCAGCGGAGCCCUGCGGGCCACCACACCCUGCAUCACCGUGAAGAACCCGGCUGUGAUGAUGGGGGCGGAGGGCACAGAAGGUGGCAUGUCUGGGAGCCUGCAUUCCCGGAAGCUGGUGAGCUUCACGCUGUCAGAUCUCAGGGCAGUUGGGCUAAAGAAAGGGAUGUUCUUCAACCCUGACCCUUACCUGAAGAUGUCCAUCCAGCCAGGGAAGAAGAGCAGUUUCCCCACCUGUGCCCACCACGGCCAGGAGAGGAGGUCGACUAUCAUCAGCAAUACCACGAACCCCAUCUGGCACCGAGAGAAAUACUCCUUUUUUGCGCUCCUAACUGAUGUCUUAGAAAUUGAAAUUAAAGACAAAUUUGCCAAGAGCCGUCCCAUCAUCAAGCGCUUCCUGGGGAAACUGACCAUCCCGGUCCAGAGGCUGCUGGAGCGCCAGGCCAUUGGGGAUCAGAUGCUGAGCUACAACCUGGGCAGGAGGCUCCCGGCCGACCACGUGAGCGGGUACCUGCAGUUCAAGGUGGAAGUCACCUCCUCUGCGCACGAGGAUGCAUCUCCGGAGGCCGUCGGCACGAUCCUGGGAGUCAGCACCGUGAACGGGGACCUCGGGAGCCCGUCUGAUGACGAGGACAUGCCUGGGAGCCACCAGGAUAGCCCGGGCUGUGCCAAUGGUGCAGUGUCUGAGGACAGUACCGCGGAUGGGACGCCCAAGCACUCUUUCAGGACUAGCUCUACCCUGGAGAUGGACGCAGAGGAGUUGACCUCUACCUCUUCCAGGACCUCCCCGCCCAGGGGCCGCCAGGACUCACUCAAUGAUUACCUAGAUGCUCUGGAACACGAUGGCCCUGCCCGGCCAGGGGCCACAGCCUCCGAGCGGCCCAUGGGCGCCUCUCCAAAACUCAGGAGCAGCUUUCCCACUGACACCAGGCUCAGUGCCAUGCUGCACAUUGACUCGGAUGAGGAAGACCACGAGCUCCAGCAGGACCUCGGCUACCCAUCCUCCUUGGAGGAGGAAGGAGGGCUGAUCAUGCUCAGCAGGCCAUCGAGGGCCGACGAGGGGAGCCUGACCUCUCAGACCAAGUCUGAGGACACCAACCUGGUGGACCUGGAGGAGCACUCAGUGCUGGAGGCUGUGUCCCAGGAGGACAAGCUGGAGGAUCUUCCAGAGCUGGCUGAUGGCCCCUUGGAUGCAGCCCCUGAGGACGGCGAAGCUGCUGGCCCUGAUUCCCAUCCGGAGGUGGAGCAGGGCAGCACCGAGCUAUGUGGCUCCCAGGAGGCCGAGCAGCCCGCAAGUGGGGCAGACACGGGUACCCCAGACACGUCUGGGGGUAGCCGAAGGGCCAUCAGUGAGACUGAGUCCCUGGACCAGGGCUCUGAGCCCUCACAGGUGUCCUCGGAGACUGAGCCCAGCGACCCAGCCAGGACGGAGAGCGUGAGCGAGGCUAGCACCAGGCCCGAGGGUGAGAGCGACCUGGAGGGCGCAGACAGCUCCUGCAAUGACAGCGUGGCCACUCAGCUGUCCUCGCUGGAGAGCGCGCGCCCCCCUGGGACCCCAGCCUUCUCCUCACAGGAGGAUGAGGACGGGGCCUGUGCUGCUGCUGCUGAGCCGCCCAGCUGUGGGCCAGGCCCAGAGCCCGCAUGCACUCCGGGCACAGGGAUGCUGCCGGCUGUGCAGGUGCCCGAAGCACAGGAGGACGCAGGCCCUGAGCCCAAGGACCUGGGUGAGAUCUGGCAGCGCAGGGCCGGCCUGGAGGGCACCUCGGCCAUCGAGAAUGAGAGCGGGAGCCAGGCCCUGGAAGAGGAGGAGGCCCAGGAGGACGUGGGCGAGGAUGCCAGAGCCUGUGAGGGGGCAGCUGCGCUGGAGGAGGGCGCCGCGGGAGGUUCUCCAGCCAAUGGCCACCAGCCCUUGCGGUCGCUGCCUUCUGUGCGCCAGGACGUCAGCCGGUACCAGCGGGUGGAUGAGGCCCUCCCGCCAAACUGGGAGGCGCGUAUCGACAGCCACGGCAGGAUCUUCUACGUGGACCACGUGAACAGGACCACGACGUGGCAGCGGCCCACGGCCCCGCCGGCCCCGCAGGUGCUGCAGAGGUCGAACUCCAUCCAGCAGAUGGAGCAGCUGAACCGGCGUUAUCAGAGCAUUCGCAGAACCAUGACCAACGAGAGGCCAGAGGAAAGCGCCAGUGCCAUGGAUGGGGCUGGGGAGGAAGUCGACUUUCACCAAACCAGCGCAGACUUCCGCCGGGAGAGCGUCCUGCCGCACUCUACCUCCAGAUCCAGGCUCGCGCUCCUCUUACAGUCGCCCCCCGUGAAGUUCCUCAUCAGCCCAGAGUUCUUCACCGUGCUGCAUUCUAACCCUAGUGCCUACCGCAUGUUUACAAACAACACGUGUCUGAAGCACAUGAUCACCAAAGUCCGGCGGGACACGCACCACUUCGAACGCUACCAGCAUAACCGGGACCUCGUGGGCUUCCUCAACAUGUUUGCCAACAAGCAGCUGGAGCUGCCGAGGGGCUGGGAGAUGAAACACGAUCAUCAGGGCAAGGCGUUCUUCGUGGACCACAACUCCCGGACCACCACGUUCAUCGACCCGCGGCUCCCGCUGCAGAGCAGCCGGCCCACGAGCGCGCUGGCUCACCGGCAGCACCUGACCAGACAGCGCAGCCACAGCGCCGGGGAGGUCGGGGAGGACUCCCGGCACGCGGGGCCACCCGUGCUCCCCAGGCCGUCCAGCACGUUCAACACAGUGAGCCGGCCGCAGUACCAGGACAUGGUUCCAGUGGCUUACAAUGACAAGAUUGUCGCAUUUCUGCGUCAACCCAACAUCUUUGAAAUCCUGCAGGAGCGUCAGCCCGAUCUCACCAGGAACCAUUCACUCAGGGAGAAGAUCCAAUUUAUCAGAACGGAAGGGACCCCAGGAUUGGUGCGCCUCUCGAGUGAUGCAGACCUCGUGAUGCUGCUGAGCCUGUUUGAAGAAGAGAUAAUGUCCUAUGUGCCUCCACACGCCUUACUCCACCCCAGCUACUGUCAGUCCCCACGCGGCUCCCCUGUGUCCUCACCCCAGAACUCACCAGGUACUCAGCGUGCCAACGCCCGGGCCCCGGCCCCUUACAAGCGGGACUUUGAAGCCAAACUAAGAAACUUCUACAGGAAGCUAGAGACUAAAGGAUAUGGGCAAGGCCCAGGGAAAUUAAAAUUAAUUAUCCGAAGAGAUCACUUGCUGGAAGAUGCUUUUAAUCAGAUCAUGGGCUACUCCAGAAAAGACCUGCAGAGGAAUAAGCUGUAUGUCACCUUCGUCGGGGAGGAAGGGCUGGAUUACAGUGGGCCUUCCAGAGAGUUUUUCUUCCUGGUGUCCAGAGAGCUCUUUAACCCCUAUUAUGGCUUAUUUGAAUAUUCAGCCAACGACACAUACACAGUGCAGAUAAGCCCCAUGUCUGCCUUUGUGGACAAUCACCAUGAAUGGUUCCGGUUCAGUGGUAGGAUCCUUGGUCUUGCACUAAUACACCAGUAUUUAUUGGAUGCCUUCUUCACACGGCCCUUUUACAAGGCUCUUCUCAGAAUCCUGUGUGAUCUGAGCGAUCUUGAGUACCUGGAUGAAGAGUUCCACCAGAGCCUGCAGUGGAUGAAAGACAAUGACAUCCAUGACAUCCUGGACCUCACGUUCACCGUGAACGAGGAAGUGUUCGGGCAGAUUACUGAACGGGAGUUAAAGCCAGGGGGUGCCAACAUCCCGGUGACGGAGAAGAACAAGAAGGAGUACAUUGAGAGGAUGGUGAAGUGGCGCAUCGAGCGGGGAGUGGUGCAGCAGACCGAGAGCCUGGUGCGCGGCUUCUACGAGGUGGUGGAUGCCAGGCUGGUCUCUGUGUUCGAUGCACGUGAACUGGAACUGGUCAUCGCGGGCACCGCUGAAAUAGACCUGAGUGACUGGCGAAGCAACACAGAAUACAGAGGAGGGUACCACGACAAUCAUAUCGUGAUCCGGUGGUUCUGGGCUGCGGUUGAAAGGUUCAACAAUGAACAGCGACUGAGGUUGUUACAGUUCGUCACGGGCACCUCCAGCAUUCCCUAUGAAGGAUUCGCUUCUCUUCGAGGGAGCAACGGCCCCAGAAGGUUCUGUGUGGAGAAGUGGGGGAAAAUCACCGCUCUUCCCAGAGCUCACACGUGUUUUAACCGCCUGGACCUGCCCCCAUAUCCAUCCUUCUCCAUGCUGUACGAGAAGCUCCUGACAGCAGUGGAGGAAACCAGCACCUUUGGACUCGAGUGAGCUGCAAGCACAAAGUCCAGCUCUUUGGGGACAGGCAAUUCCAAAACUGUGGCCGCCAGGAGACAGAGUGGACAGGGGGAGUGCCAGGGGCUUCCGUUGGAGCAGGGCUGAGCGCUGUCACUUCCAGGAACGCAUGCUCCUGCACUUGGGAUGGACCACGCAUCCUCGCGCCGGGAUGUGGGUGAGCUUGAUGCCCGGGAAACAACGCUACAGUCUCUCAAUCAACAGUUCUUGACUGCCAAACGUUUUCCAUUCCUUAGCUCCAAGACAAAGAUGAACCUGUCUAUGACCAGCUCCACAGGAAUUUUUAGGGACUCAGGAGAACCUUGAAACUUACCUUUGAACGUGGUUCAAGCCAAACUGGCAGCACUUGGCCCAAUCUCCAAAUUAGUGCAAGUCCAUUAAUACAGUAAAAAAGUGUAUUUCCUGAAGGUACAUCCCCUUAAGCCCUCGAGUCACAGCAAAAUAUUCAUUUCUCGCUUUUACUGUCUGCGUGGUGUGCACCGCAGGUUUUAGCUCUCACAGGACACGAGCGAACCUGAACCCCAGGCAAUGUAAGGUAACUUUGAAGAUUUGCAAUAAGGCGGUUUGUGACAAUGUAUAUGCAAAUGGUAUGUGUGUAAUUAUGGCUGAGGCCCGCUGAUAGUCACUGAAUUACUAAGGACAGAUUCUAUGCUUUAUAAUGCAUGAAAACAAUUUUAAAAUAACUAGCAAUUAAUCACAGCCUACCAGGAACGUGUUCACAGUGAGUUCUGUUUGUUUUCGACGGGGUCAUCGUGUUUCUGUUCUGUGAGAUGUAUAUAAGGGCCCCCAGCAGCCUGGGGGCUCCUCCCAUCCGUGUGUUCUGUGCUUUCUUGGGCAUCAUGCUAGUCUGCAUUCUUUUAAGCACUCUCAAGGGAAGAAAAGGGCCUUUUAUUUUUAUAAAGGUAAAAAAAAAUUCCCGCAAUAUUUUGCACUGAAUGUACCAAAGUUGAAGGGACAUUACAAUGGGACAAACAGCAAUUCCAUCACCUAACAGUGUCCUAGAAACUAGCUUCCCAAUCAGACCCCCUCACAGUGCCACCUCAGCCCUCCAAGGACUGCGUGCUCAGAACAACUUUUUAACACUCACUCUACGUGAUAGUAUGAUAUGCAUUUAUUUCAAAUGCAUUAGAUCCUCUUCCAUCCAUCAGAUACUUUCCAGGAUGGCAUUUAAUACAGAUAUUUCGUAUUUCCCCACUGCUUUUUAUUUGUACAGCAUCAUGAACACUAAGCCCGGUUAGGGAUCCGUCAGCAACACCGAGAGACCAGCUCUCUUAGGUAGUCAGAGCCCAUUCUCCCUCAGCAGCAGAGACACCACAGAUCGAAACUCUCAGCUCUGUAUUUCUAAACCUGCAUUUUCACUGAUACAUAACUUUCUUAUUAAUAUCAAAAAACAGUUUUUCUAUGGUAUCACAAAAGCUGCAUGCCAUCGCUAACCUGAUUUCCACUUCAUUUCAGGAGAAGGUGUCCUGCGUUUCUAUGGUUUUGGGAUUACUUCACCCAUGGCUUAGCCCUUGGUUGAUGGCCAUAAUCAGCCAGACACACAGCACAGUAGAGUUAAGUGGAGGCUGUAAAAGCACUGAGUUAAUGUGGGGGUGGCUGUGGGCAUUGUGGGGACAUGUUUUGGGGUACCGCAUUUAUAAGUAGCUGUGGGGUUCCCAUGGUGAAUGUUGACUGUCCCAUGUUUCGAGGAGGUCAUCUGCAUGGCUUCAUGGGUGUUUUGUAAGAAUUCAUUGCUCUCUGGUUAGUGAUGCUAUUAUUAUUAUUAUUAUUAUUAUUAUUACUAUUAUCGGGACCCUAUAGAGGACUAUGCCAGUGAUACUGCGUUCCCCCACUGAAGGCAAAUAAUACGGCAUGGGAGAUGUUUUAAAAAGCAACGUUCCAGAAACCUGGAAAUAAAGGAAGAUGUAUCUGUAUGCAAUAAUUGGGCCAGGGAAAAAAAGGGCAGAGGAUAACUUUUAACUGGAAAUAUUAGUUUGUAUUUCUGGAUCAUGAAUAUAACUAUAUAAUUUUGCAAAUGGUUUUUACUUGUUUGUAUUUUUUCAUUAUAAGGAAAAGCAGUAUAACACACUAACAUACUUUUUUUAAGAGAAAAAUCACAUGUUUCAGAGUUGACAUUCUCUAGACAGCUGAUAUGAAAGUUUGCGUUUCUUUUUAAAAAAAAAUACCUUCAUAGACCAUGUUAGUUUUCAUUUGGUUUGAGAAAACUUUGUUAUGUAUGUCAUACUACUAGGGAAAAGAGACUUGAAAUAAAAUGUAUCUCUUGAAUUAUUUUUAACAUAUAUUUCUUUAUUAAGGCAUCCAACUUCUCAAGUAACAGUUCCCUUUAAUGUACGCAGACAUUCUUAAUUAGACUGGCCUAGCUGACACUGUUCUCAAAAUUGAGAAUUAUGGAAGAUGUAGCUAGCCUAUUAGAAAACCCUGGCAAUCUAGCUAAUAUUCUUCAUUAGUAAAACAAAAAGCAGCAAAAAUUACUGUAUGAAAUAUUAAAUAGCACUUCCUCAGGAUAAAUUAGACUUUAAUAUACUCUACAAUUAGAAGUAUCCUAAGUAUGUUCUGGACGGUGAGCCCAGACAAAUCCUUGGCUUUUGGUUUUAAUAAAUUCCUAAGUGAUGCUCUUUACACUCGAAAAGACAGUCAGGCCACAUCUCGGAUGUAGGCAGUUCAUCUCGGGGUAAGAGGUCAUGGGACCACAGGCAUCCCAAGUCUAUCACGGGGUUUGAUGACCGCGCUGCAGGAUGCUAAGCCAGUCGGUGAGAAGUUCACAGUCCAGUAGAAAAGGCACUAACCCUCGGAAAAGAGUACUUUAAACAAACAAUCUUAAAUUCUGCCAUCAAGGAGUGAAGAGAGAGCAGCCCGUCCGUCCACCUGGGUGAUUCCAUCCGCCGUGUCUUUGUUUAUGGGAGAGAGUGGCUAAAAUAAACCCCGCUGUGCUGUUCCUGCUGGUCUCGAAGGGCGUGUGUCAAGCCUGUUGAAGCCGGGCACUUACACGGAUGGCUUAGAGUGGGUGGCUUUAGGCUCAGGGGUGAAGGAGCAGCCUCGGAGUCUUAAAUUAAGAAACAAAUGCCAGAGUGAGGUCCUGUGCUUUCCCUCUGGUCCUCGGCACCUGUACUGCAGUGCAGCUUCAGUCUGUGGUCUUUGUGUCCAAGACACUGACGGGCUCAAGACGCUUUUCUCAUGCACAAAACAAAUGGAUCUGGGUGAUAAAAUCCAGAAAACAGGACUGACUUAGAAAGAAUGUAAGUUUUACAGAACUGGGACAUAGCUACCAGUGACAGUCUCAUUCAUUUAAUUCUCAAGAAAUGAGGUGCCCAAGACGCGGAAUCACGUGCAUAACCGUAAAAAUGGGGAAAAUGCGUGCAGAUAAUGGUAAGGGUAGACUGCAUUUGUCGGUGCUUCUAGGUCCAUGGUCUCUCUUCAUCGCAAGAAACAUGGAGACUAAUGGUUGUUCCAGUAUUUUCUCCUUUCAACCAGUUUUGGAAGAUGCUCCAUCUAUCCAAACUCUCACUUUCUUAAAUAAACACACUUAAAAUGUGACACCUUCUGAAAAUUCCAUUAAGAAACUAAUAUAUUCCCGGAGCAAAAAACGUCCUCAUAGAGAUUUAAUUGCUUUUCACUGUUUGCCUUGAUAUGUUUAAAACAGAAGACAGAAUUUGAUUGCUUUUGGUGGAUUUAUAUAGAAUAGCAAUACAGUUUGCAAGUACCAUUUGGAAACAAUAUCAUGGGAAAAAGAAGCCAUAUUUUCACUUUUAAUUUUUAAUGAGGAUGCAUCUAGAAAGCCCUGGUAGCCAAAUCCCGUGAAACAGAGGAGACCACAUUUUUUCUUCUUGUCUUCCCCACAUUUGGUCCAAAAGCCUUUUUUCUCCUAUCUUUUUACCCAAGUAUUAUUUAUAACUUGGCCAUUUCUAAUGUAGAAGUCUAAUUUAACCUUAUUCGUGAAAACUUGUUAAAAGGUUACAGUCACCCUGCAUUAAUAGUAGAAAUGUAUAGGAGGCCUAAACUCAAAGCCAUGUCUGAAUCUCAAACCCUCUUCCUCCACUUAGCAGCUUUCUGAUUUGGUUGAUGAGUGACAGCACUCUGGAUCUUGGUCCUCUCCUUCCAAGAGACUUCGGUUUACAUUUAACGGGAAUGCCACUUGGAAUCUGCUUCCUAAGUUGCAAAGCUUGCUGCCUAGCACAGAAGCAAGAGGGUACUUAAGACCCAAAAGCUGUCUGAAUUGUGGCUGAAGGCCCACUCCUGCUCUGGAUGGGUGACGAAAGCAGAAAGGGAAAGGAGCCAGCCGUUGUGCCACCCCCAAGAAUGCAAUGCUGAUUAUUGACCGUCCAGUUCAGGGCUGGCAGCCGCCUUCUGGGGGCAGGCGCCAAGGGCGUGCUGGGUGUGGUGCCACUCGUCAGGCCAGGGCUGAAGGGUGUGGGAGACAGGACGGGAGCCACGGCAGUGGGCAGACAUGGGUGAAGGAUGGGCUCAGAUCCAGGCUGAGGGAGGCGCACACACAGAUGUGGCUUCUGACUUUGGACAGAAGAGUGCCCUGCCAUUACUCGGGGCUCUUCCUGGCGGAAAAUACCUGGCAGGAGAAACUCUUGUUUCGUAACUUCACUGGGUUAGCAUUUGCAAAGCAGAGUUUAAGGCCCGGGGAUUAAAGCUACCUAGAGCUUAGGAGAUUCAACGAUUUUACAUUUGCAUUUAAGAGUAGUGUCACUACUGUUGAACACCAUGCAUGAAAUAAAGGAAAGAGUGCUUUUCCAUCAUGGUGCCUACUUGUUUAGUAAGCUGCCAUCCUCUGCCAUUGGAAUGGCUUUUGAGGCAUUUUCAUGCUGGAAUGGCAAUUUCGAUGCUCCCUGUUCAACUAGAGAGCAAAAUCCUAAGCGUGAGGUUACUCAGUGCUAAGUGGAGACCUAGUCAUCUUUUCCAACCAAGAAGCCAAUUAGGGCAGGAAAUACAUUUGCUUAGAUUUUUAUCUGCAAAGUACUUUGUGUGGUGUUCAUGAUUGACCAGCUCAGCAGAACAGGAUGGCUCUAUCUUACGGGUUUUGGGGACACAGGAGAAUCAAAUUUAUAGACAUGACUUUGCUGUCACAUGCCUUGGGCAGGUGAUGUCGUUCUAUCCAGCUUUCUUUGAAGGUAUUACAGCCCCAGAGACUGUUGUUUGGUGGGCCAUAGGACUCAAACCGAAUCAAUCAGCUGUACUGUCACCCUCUGUGGAACCCCAGGAUAAUGCUCAAGAAAUACCUUGGCGGCUUAACGAGGAAACACAGAGAACUGAACGUUCCUUCAGGACCCUAAUGCUCCAAAAGAUGUAAUUACAACCUAUGUUUCUUUACAUGAUACUAAAGUCAAAUCCGGGCCUGUUCAUAUGUUGGAAAGUGCAUAAGAUUACAUGUUUUUACAACAGGGGAUGCAGGCAUUCCAAAAUAAAUGAAUGCAAACAUGCGUCUCUCCUGCCUCUUACUGGAAGUAUUAAUCUAAUUUUAUAAUGCUUUUUAAUAUUAAGGCUCUGUAAAAACAAAUUUCUUUCUAAGAUCUCAGUAGAUCACAGGUGGAGUAUUUUUUUAAGCCUUUCCAUCUCUCUUCGCCGGUGCCACUCAUGUCCCGCACACCAGGAGUCACGGUCGAUAGUGGUGUCUUCAUUUUUGUGGAGCUGAUUUAAGUUUCAUAUUUCCUCCAUGUGACUUUUAAUAGAGAGUAAUAAUGGGAGAUAUUUGAUGUUAGGAUUAAGGAAACGCAACUCUCAUUUCACCUUACAUUGAAAUUUCUUUCUUUCUUUUUAAAACAAAUAACGCAGAUUGUUGACACCCUAGAUCUGGUGCAUGGGUGGUGUUGUUUGGAGCCUAGGACUGCUCGUGGGCUGGUUGUUCAUUUUCUGGGAAGUCUGUAUUCUUAUCCUCCCCUGAACCCCUGACUCUUGCGUUGUAUUUUUUUAUGAUUAUGAAAUGCUUUGAGGGAGAGAUAUUUUAAUGUGUACAAUUUGUUUUAUUUUCAUACUGAUCUCUAUUUUUGUUUAAAACCAUGUUACAUCAUGAAAUCACUUAAUCCAAAAUAAAUCUUCUUUUAAAAAAUA